AUGUAUGCAGACCUUUGCGUGCUUCUUCAUGAACAUUUCACCGCCAAGCCAUUGGAGGAUGGAAAGAAAUUGACCUUCAAGAGGUUGCUUUUGGACGAAUGCCAGAGCUCCUUCGAGCGCUUGUUGACCCCACCCAGCAAUCUGGAGCAACUCCCCACGGAAGAGAAGACAGCAGCCGAAAUGAGCUACAAGACUCACAUGUUGGGCAACAUCAAGCUGGUGGGUGGCCUGCUGGCGCGAGGCAUGUUGGCCAGCAAGGUGGGAAUCGCUAUUUUGGAGGAGCUCUUGUCGAAUCCAACACCUGAGGCCUUGGAGUCGGUGGCCGCGCUGCUGACGGCGCUGGGAAGUAGCUGUGACCGUCCUGAAUGGCCUCAGCACGUGGCCUUGCGCCUUGGUGGACUUCCGUUGGUGUUCAAACCGGAAGAGAUGAGGGAAAAGCACUCCAAAUCACCAACAAAAACAUACAAAAAUAACAUCAAAUUCUGCAACUGCAUUUGA